AUGGCCAGGUACUGUAUGUGCAAAGGCAAUAUUUCACACACACAGCCAUCGUCUCACGUAGAACUUAGACACCAGUGAACAAUUUCACUGCUCUCUUAUGCCAUGAAUUCCUGAUUAUACGCCACACAAAUCACUUAAAUCAGCCACACACACAAACACACAGUGGUUCCCUGGAAGUACCUCUCAGGCUGAUUGGUUCAGGGUUGAGCCAUGUCUGGCGUUAUUUUUAGCCUCAGCACUCUAUAGGCUUGUCUCAUACCCUCCCUCCCUCCCUCCACACACACACACACACACACACACACACACACACACACACACACACACACACACACACACACACACACACACACACACACACACACACACACACACACACACACACACACACACACACACACACACACACACACACACACACACACACACACACCACACACACACACACACACACACACACACACACACACACACACAGCACACACACACACACACACACAACACACACAACAACACACACACACACACACUACACACAAACACACACACACACACACACACACACACACACACACACACGUACAUACAUACAUACAUGCAAACGCUUGACCUGUUGUUUAAACCAUCACCUCUCAUUAAUCUUGAUUGCAAGUUAAUACAGGCUAAAGCACGCUCCAUCUCAGUCAGGAUUAUAAGUGUUAGGCAGGCCCUCGGGACCUGCACUCCUUCUGGUUUUCUUUUAAGACUAAGAUUAAGAGGAGACUUUAUUCGUAAAUUAUAAACAGUUACCAACCAAAAUGUGACUACUGCUUUAUCCCAACCGCCGAAAGACGCACCUAGAUAUAGAGGUUGGAGCAGGGGACUGUUACAUACAUAUAGAGGUUGGAGCAGGGGACUGUUACAUACAUAUGAGGGUUGGAGUGUCAGGGUGACUGUUACAUACAUAUAGAGGUUGGAGCAGGGGACUGUGUACAUACAUAUAGAGGUUGGAGCAGGGGUACAUAUAGAGGUUGGAGCAGGGGACCGUUUACAUACAUAUAGAGGUUUGGAGCAGGGGACUGUUACAUACAUGUAGAGGUUGGAGCAGGGGACUGUUACAUACAUAUAGAGGUUGGAGCAGGGAACUGUUACAUACAUAUAGAGGUUGGAGCAGGGGACUGUUACAUACAUAUAGAGGUUGGAGCAGGGGACUGUUACAUACAUAUAGAGGUUGGAGCAGGGGACUGUUACAUACAUAUAGAGGUUGGAGCAGGGGACUGUUACAUACAUAUAGAGGCUGGAGCAGGGGACUGUUACAUACAUAUAGAGGUUGGAGCAGGGGACUGUUACAUACAUAUAGAGGUUGGAGCAGGGGACUGUUACAUACAUAUAGAGGUUGGAGCAGGGGACUGUUACAUACAUAUAGAGGUUGGAGCAGGGGGACUGUUACAUACAUAUAGAGGUUGGAGCAGGGGACUGUUACAUACAUAUAGAGGUUGGAGCAGGGGACUGUUACAUACAUAUAGAGGUUGGAGCAGGGGACUGUUACAUACAUAUAGAGGUUGGAGCAGGGGACUGUUACAUACAUAUAGAGGUUUGGAGCAGGGGACUGGUUACAUACAUAUAGAGGUUGGAGCAGGGGACUGUUACAUACAUAUAGAGGCUGGAGCAGGGGACUGUUACAUACAUAUAGAGGUUGGAGCUGGGGACUGUUACAUACAUAUAGAGGUUGGAGCAGGGGACUGUUACAUACAUAUAGAGGUUGGAGCAGGGGACUGUUACAUACAUAUAGAGGUUGGAGCAGGGGACUGUUACAUACAUAUAGAGGUUGGAGCUGGGGACUGUUACAUACAUAUAAAGGUUGGAGCAGGAGACUGUUACAUACAUAUAGAGGUUGGAGCAGAGGACUGCCACACUGGGUGCCCAUAAAGCAGUUGGUGUGGGGGGUUAAGUCCCUUGCUCAAGGGCACAAUGGCAGUCGAUGGCAUCUAGGAUUUGACACCAGCAGCCAGCUCACUUCCCAACAGAUUAUUUCCACAGUCAGACCCAGGAUUCAAACUGACAACCCUCCAGUUGCCAGCUCACUUCCCAACAGAUUAUUUCCACAGUCAGACCCAGGAUUCAAACUGACAACCCUCCGGUUGCUGGCUCGCCUCUCUAACCGCUAGGCUACCUGCUGCCCUUCUGCUGUCCUUUACCCCUCUCCUUUGUUCCCAAUACCUCUUCUAUCCUUUCUCUUUCUCCAUCUCCUCUCCUCUCCUUUGUCUCUCUCCACUCAUCUUUUAACAGCAAACAAAACUGAUUUAAUGUUGACUGUAUGAUAUUGGUUUUGGACCGUACAUACAGGCCUCCCGUUGUUGUCUAACCUCAUUGACACUGGCUUGGAUCUCAUAUGAUGUUUCCCCAGUUAAGCAUCAGAACAGAACUUCUCAUUCAGCCAUCUUCAUACAUCUCCUAGUACUGUCAACUAGAUGGGUCUAUUCAGGAACCACCUUUUACAUGCAGGCAGGCAUGGAGGCACACAAACGCCUGAAAGCAUGUACGCACGCGCACACACACACACACACACACACACACAGGCCUUCCCGGAACAGGAGUAACCACCCCAGUGCUACAGGGUGGGAGGGAGAAUCAGAGCUGUAGAAGGAACAAACAACAACAAAAAACGGUGUAACCCCGGGAAAAGGGGGGGACAGUGUGGAGGCAGAGGGGGGGAAAAAGGAGAGACGAGAGGAAGAUUAGCGAGAGAUUGAAAGCCCGGAUCACCCCCAAGGGGAUGCCCACAAGAGAGAAGCGACCCCGAGGGGAACCGAGAGAGAGGCGCGAGGAAGAAGGAGAGAGAGCCUCUUCUCUCUCCCCUUUUCCUCUUUUCUCCCCGGGGGGUUUUCCUUUUUUUUUUUUUUUUUUGGGGGUUUUUUUAGGUGUUCCAGGGUUAUGUUGACGUUGUCAUAGCGUUGGCUCAGUGUUGUCACCGGAUGUCAACUGGCAGGACCGGAGGGGAAUACCGCCCUCAUCCAGCGCACGGCAGGUAGGGACACACACAAACCCACCCGAUAUACACCACACGCAUGCACACACACAGACAACUGUCAUUUCAAAAAGGUUCACAAGGACCGGGGGAGAGAAAACAAAAGAAGAGAGAGCGAGAAGAGAAUAUAGAGAGAGAUCGACGAGAGAACAAAAAGCAGGCCAGAAGCGGGAGAGGAAAGAAGAGGAGAAGGAGAAAAAAAAGAACACAGAGCGAAGAACUAAGAAACACAUGAAACGCAAAAUAAAUCAUAUGAAAAGAAAAAACAAAGCGAUGCGCACACCCCAACUCCCACCCCACCCACCUCUCGCUCCCAACCCCCCCCUCCCCCCCCCCCCCCCCCCCCCCCCCCCCUCCUCUGUUUAUUCCCCCCCUCCCCUCUCCUCACCCCACCCCUCCCCUCCUCCCCCCCCCCCUCCCCUCCAGGUCACAUAAUGAUCAGUAACUACCUGUUGAACUACUUCCCUGGUCUGGACAUAGAGAGGAGGAACUGCCAUGGCUUCACUGCUCUGAUGAAGGCUGCUAUGCAGGGCAGGGUGGAGUGUGUACGAGCCCUGAUGCUAGCAGGUCAUUACACAGAUGGACAAACAAAUUCAUGUUGUUUAUAUUUAACUAACUUUAACAUAUAUUUGAUCAUUUAUAUUUCAAUAAUAUUUAACUUCAAACAGUAACUUAAAGCAGAAAUGACAUCUACCAGUAGGGUGCAAUGUGACAUCUGAAGGAUGUCGUCAUACAUUUUUCUCCUUUCCUCUCUAUCCUCCUCUCUCCUCCCUCUCCUCUCUCCCCUCCUCUCUCCUCCAUCUCCUCCUCUCUGUCUCCUCUAUAAGGAGCUGACAUGGAGGCGAGGGACUUUGGUCGUCAGCUGACCUCCAGAGAGUGGGCGUUUUUCACAGGACGCUACGACACCGCCUGGGCCAUGACACGCCUCCACUCCAGACCCUGUCCUUAUCAACUGUGUGACGCAUACAGGUGGACUAAACUUGAUGAUGAUGAUGAUGAUGGUGGUGAUGAUGAUGAUGGUGGUGAUGAUGAAAACGACUCUAAUUAUCAUUAUACGAUGUCAUCGAUAUAAUUUCAUAUUGUUAUUCUUCCAAUCGUAUUAUUUCCUAAUCUGAUAUAAUUGUUCCAGUCCAGAGUGGUCCCAGCUGGUGUCUCUAAUAGCUAAGGCCCAGAGCCCUGAGGCUGUGGUAGCUAGACAUACUUCAUACAGUACUACUACUAUUACUAGCUAAAUCAUUAUAUUCAUGUAAUUGUAUUGUAUUCCAGUUCAGAGUGGCCCCAGCUGGCUUCUUUAGUAUCUAAGGCCCGGGAGCCUCGAGGCUGUAUGCAGUACAUAUCAGACACCAUACGGAAUGCUCUGACAUUCGCUAACAUCACAGAGCCUGACGACGAAGGAGUCUUAGAUCACCUAGUCACCGUGACAACAGCUCUGGGGAGCCCCUUCGUGGCGAUGGCUUGUUCCACGGUGAGUUAGAAACAUUCCUCUCACUUCUACUGUAUUUAACCUCUUUCUCUCUCAUUCUCUCUCUCUGUCUUUAUGUUCUCAUUGCUCACCCCCACUCCCUCUUAUAUAUACCUGUUUGUACUUGCUCUUCAGGUGUGUCCGGCAAGCCCGCCCUGCGUGGGUAAACGUCGCUACUCUGUCCCAGAGAUCCUCCGACGCCAACGGGCCAAAGAACUGAAAACCCAGAACCCUGAGAGGCUCGACAACCACCGCAAACUCUUCCAGAACUCACGGGUCACUCUGGUGCCCAAACCUCCAAAGGGCCGGCGGUCCAGCCUGCCGCAGCAGAACAAAAACCCCACCACGGCUAACCCUACCCUGGGUACGGUGUCUGGGGCUGGGGCUGGGGCCUCUUCCUCCAUGGCCCUGCGGAAGACUAGCCUGCUGCCCCUGGGUAUGGUGAGGCGUAGCAGUGUGCGGCCGGGGCUGUCCAUUCCCAAGGUGAGAAUCUCUAAGGCCCCAACGCCAACCUAUGAACCUGAGAGGGUCCACAGGAAGAGCAGCUUUAAAGACGGAGGGGGCAACUUCCUGCAGCUCCCCAAGUGGAGGUAUAAAGAACUGAAGGAGGAGAGGAAGAGAGCGGAGGAGGCAGAGAGGAGGAGGGUGGAGGUGGCCACGAAACGGCACCUGGCUGCCAGGAAGAGGAAAUGA